AUGGAUUACACAUUUAAAUUUUAUAAGCAUAAACAUUUAAUGCUUUUAAAAGAUAAAUUACAAGAUAUUGAAAAAUAUAUUAUAUAUUCAUUAGAUAAAAUUAAUGAAAAAGAAGAAAUAGGAAAUAGUGAGGAAAAUAAAAAAAAAAAAAUAAAUGAUUCUUUUUCAGAUUUAUCUAAAGAGAUAUAUAAUAAAAUAAUAAAUAUAAUACAAUAUUCAUCUAUAUGCAUAACAGUUUUUGAAAAAAAAAAAAAAGACAAUAAUGAAAAAGAAGAAAAUAUACUAGGAAUAACUUCUCUUGAUUAUGAAUUAUCUUUAAAUAGUUGUCAAUAUAAUGAAAAGAAACCAUUUAAUUUAAAAGAAUUCUAUUAUUUUUUGUCACUACAUAUAAAGAAUUAUAAUAUUUUAUCUAAUUUAAAUUGUAAUAAUACUUUAAUAAUAAACUUAAUUAUAAAUAAAAAUGAAAAAUAUUAUAAUAGCUUGUUUUAUUAUCUAUUUCAUUCUUUUGAAGAUUUGGUUUUUAUUUUAAUAUUUUUAAAAGAAGAAUGUAAAUUAAUAUAUGAAGAAUUUCAAGAUGGAUUAAUAAUAGAUGUUAAUCAAUUCUCAAAUGUUAAUAUUCCUUUUAAAAAAGUUAUAAUAUUAAAUAAAUAUUCUUUUGUUAAUAAAAUUUUUUUGAGACUAACUUGUAGUAGUGAUAUAUAUGACUUACAUGAACUGUUUAAGAAAUAUUCAUACAAUAAUUUUGAAGAAACAACUCAAUAUCUUAUUUAUGAUAUAAUUGAGAAAAAAACAAAUGAUGAUAUAUUAAUUACAAUUUUAAAUAAUAAAAAAAAAAUAAUUGGAUUUAUAUCUUUAAAAAAAAAUAUUGAUAUAAAUAUCUUAGUUAACUUGUAUAACUUAAAAGAUUAUAAUUAUUUAAUCAAAGAUGAUUUUUUUGCUGAUAUAACCCAAUCAUUAAAAUCAUAUAAGUAUGGAAAUAAAAAUUUGAAUAAAAAAAAAAAGAAAUAUUUGUAUAUAGAAUUUAAACAAUAUAUUUUAAAGAAAAUAAAAAUAGAAUCAUUAGAAGAUUUAGAAAAGAAUUAUGAAGUUAAUAAACAAAUUAUUUAUGAGUAUUUAAAUGAACAUCUAAUUGAAGAUAUAGAAAUAUACGCUGAUUAUUUCAUUAAGAAAAAUUUAGACACAAAAAUAAUAAUAAAAAAUAUUUAUAAUAAAUUACAAUAUGAUUAUGAAAAUUACAGAAAAGAUACAGACAAUAAUGAUAUGAAUUUUUUUCUUUUAAAUAAGUUAAUAAAUUUAUAUGCCAACAUAAGUUUUUCAGAUAUUGUGAAAGUUAGCGAAAAAUUCUACAAUAAUUUUGAUAAAAUUGAAAAGUUAUACUUUAAUUUUAAUAAUGAUAAAACAUAUAAAAAAAUAUAUCAAAAGAUAAAAAAAAAAAAAGAAGGAAUAAAAAGUGAUGAUGGAUCUGAAAAUAAUAGUAGUAAAAUAAAUAUUAUAAAAUUUAAUCAUGAAAACGAUGUCAAAAAGACUGAAAAGAACUUUAAGGAGGUUAUAAAUUUGUCUUAUUUUGAUGUUUUCCUUCUAUUACAAAAUAUAUAUCCUGAAAUUUUUAAAAAAAAUGAAAUAAUAUUGUUAUUUUUGUUUCUUGACUUAUAUGAAUUAAUUAUAAUAGAAGAAACAACAAUAUUUGAUUGCGUUUCAUUUAAAUUAUUCUUAGAUGAACUAAUAAAUAUUAAAAAAAAUUAUUUUAUAUGCAAAUAUAAGCACAUUAACUGGUUGGUUAAUCUUAGCAACAAAGAUAAAAAUGCGUUUUCCUUAAAUUUGUUUAUUUUAAACGACAAAUAUUAUAAUCACUGUAAAGAAAUAUUAUUAAAAAUAGAAAAAUAUUAUGAUGAAGUUGACUAUAUUAUUGCAACAAAUAAUGAAAGAGGAAAUAUACCAUUUAUAUUAAAUUAUUUUAAUAGAGUUAAAAAAAAGAGAAAAGCAAAUACAUUAGAAUCAUUGUAUAUAUUAAACAAAUACACACUAUUUCUAGAACCUUUAACUGACUAUAUGAAAUUAAAUGAUAUAGAUGAUGUUCAAAAAUUAUUAGAAGAAGUAAAUCAUAAAGAAAAACAUAAAAUUAAUGAAAUUAUAUUAUCUCUUAAAGAAUACUGUAAAAAAAAAUCUCAAAGUAUUAACGCACUUGAAGAAUCAGAUAAUUUCUUUAUAGAGUUAGAAUUUUAUAACAUAAAUAAUUAUUACAUAUUUGUUAGUAGAUGUGGAGAUAGAAUAAUUAAUAUAACCACAGGAUCUAUUCUAAAUAAUAUUGAUUUUUAUUAUAAAUUGAAAAUUUUUGAUUUUAAAAGUAUUAUUUUACAAAAUAAUAAUGAUAAUACGAAACAUUUUCUUCUUUUCUUUUUCUCCUCCAUAAUUAUUUUCAAAUAUUAUGACAAAAAAAUUAUUCAUAAUAUUUUAGUAUUAACAAAAUCUUGUUCUUGUCAUAUAUCAAUAAAUAAUAAUUUAUUUAGUGAUGUUUAUAAUCAUUUUAAAUUUUUGAAUAGAAAAGAUAACAGUGUAAGUAUAUACAAAAAGACAAGUAUAUAUGAAGAAGCAGAUAAUAAUAAAAUAAUUGAAAAUGGAAAAAAAAAUAAUGAGAAAUAUUUAAUUUUAACUAAACAAAUGUGUCUUAAAAAAUAUGUUAACAUUGAUAAUAAUAUAGUCUUUUGGGGUUUAAAUGAUGUUUGUUUAAGUAUACUUUAUAAAAUGUUAAUUAAUAAUCAAUAUUUUUUUAAUAAUAUAAUUUUAAUAAUAUCUUAUAAAAAUAAAUAUUUUUAUGAAGAUAAAAUAGAAGAAAAUAAUUCCUUAAAAAAUUUUAGUCUUGAAAGUUCAGUUAUGUAUAAUAAAUUAAGAAAUAUAAUGAUAAAAGAAAGAAUAAAAAUAAUUUAUGAUAAUAUUUAUAACAUUGAUAGAGAAAAUAAAAAAAUUGAAUUAAAUAAUAAAAAUUUUAUCUAUUAUGAUUAUUUAUUCAUAUGUUUUGAUAAAGAAGAUAUUACCACUUAUUCUUUUAAUUUAAAUAGCUAUGAAUUAGGAAAAAAAAAAAAUUUUAAUUUUGUAGAAAAAAAUGAAGAUACAGAAUAUAAAAAUGAAAAAUAUGAUUUUCUAAUUAAAGCUAAAGAUUAUGAGAAACAUGAAAACAACGAAAAAGUGAAUGAAUCUUUUUGUAAAAAAAAAAAAAAAAAAAAAACUAAAAUUAUACCUAAAAAUAAUUCAUCAAAGGAAAAAGAAUAUAGUUUAUCUGAAAGCUCCAAAUCCUAUGAAUCCAAUAUUUAUGAAAAUAAAAAAAAAACAAAAAAAAAAUCAGAUACCACUGAUGUUGAAUACAAUGAAUGUUAUUAUAAAGGAGAACUUCAUAAUAAAAUAGAAAUGAAAAAGAAAUGCAAAUAUGAGAAACAAAAAAAAAAUGAUAAAUGGAAAAUAAGUUAUGAUAAUAAUAAUGAAGAAAAAAACAUAGAAGAUGAUAAUAUAGAUAUUCAUGACUCAUCAAGUUACACAACUUUAUCAUCCAAUUGUUUACCAACAUCUGAAACUAGUGAAAUGCAAGAUAUUUUUUAUGAAGAAAAAAAAAAAUUCAAAUUUGAUGAAGAAAAAAAAAAAUUUAAAUUUGAUGAAGAAAAAAAUAAUCAAAGGAAAGACAUUUCUAUUGUCUCAGAUUUUAUUAAAAAGAAAAAAGAAAAUGAAAGAGAAAACAUUACAACAGAUCUACAUAAUGAAGACAAAAAUUUAUGUGACGAAAAAGAAGAUAAGAUAAAUGUAAAUAAUAAUAAGAAAAAAUUAUCAAAUAUAUAUAGUGAAAUAAAUAUAAAUAACACAAAUGUAAAUAGGAAUAUUGAUGGAGUUUUCAGUAUUACUGAUCCUUUUCUUGAAAAACAUUUUGAUAAAAACAGUAAAUAUAUGAAUAUUGUAAAAAAUUGUGUUAAUUAUAUUAUUCUUUAUAGUAAUAGUGUCGAUAUUUUGAAUAUGGUAAACUUUUUUUUAAAAAAUAAUAUUAAAACAUAUAAAUUAAUAAUUAUUUAUCCGUAUACAUGUAAUAGAUGUGAUGAAAAACGUAUGAAGGAAGAUAUGAAAGAAACUAUUUUUAAUGAUAGAACAUAUUAUAAUAAUAACAAUCAUCUAAAAAAUAAUUAUUUGUUUUCAGAUGAUAGUGAAAAAAAAAAAUUUUAUCACAAGAAUUUUAUAUUUGAUAAUAUUAAGUAUGUAUUAAAAAAAGUAUUUUUUUUAUUUCAUCUUUUGAAAAUUAGGAUAAUUUAUGGAAAAAUAGUAGCUAUAAAAAAAAAUAAGAAAAAUCGUUUAAAGUAUAUAGUUGUACAUUUAUGUAAACAUAAAAAGAUAGAUAGAUCAUUAUUUAAAACACACAAAUUUAUAUGUAAAAAUUAUAUUUUGAUACCAUGUAGAAUAUUAAUAUGUUCAUAUAUAUUUGAUAUAAAUAAUCAUUUGUAUUACAUUCUUAAUAAAUCAUCAAUUGUUUAUGAUGAAAAGAUUUGCGUCAAUGAUAAUUUUCAGACAAAUGAUAAGUAUAUUUUUAGUGGAGGUGAGCUAUGUUCUUUUUCUAAUAAGUAUAGAAUUAGUAAAAAUAAUAUUUUAAAUCAUGAAUAUUAUAGUAAUUUUGAGAUAGGAAAAUUAGUAAGCAAAAAAUUUUUAAAAAUAAUCAUUGAACAAUGUUGUUUAUCUUAUAAUAUUUUUAAUUCGAAAAAUAAAAAAAUAAAAAAAGAAGUAAAAGUAAAUGAAUGGAAAGUAAAAGAGGAAAAUGGAAAAAAACAAGAAGAAAUAAAAAAUUUUAAUAAUAGUAUUGAGCUUUAUAAAAAAUUAAAAAUAUUUAAAAUGCCUUUAGUUUAUUUUAAUACCCUUCCAUGUGAUUUUUACUUUUAUCAUUUUCAAGCAUCAAUUGGUGAUUUAUCCAAAUAUUAUGAUUCAUCAUUAAUAGAAAAUAAGAAUGAUAAACAAAAAAGAAUUUUAGAAGAGAUAUAUAAUGUAGCAUUGUUAACAGAUACAUUAAAAAUAAGUGUAAAAAAAGAAAAAAAUUUAAAUGAUUAUUUUAAUGUUAAAUAUUUUGAAAUCUCAAAAAAUAUUGAUAUUGAAGGUUAUUAUUGUAAAAUUACUACUAAUUCUUUUAAUUUAAUAAAUUCUUUCACCUAUUUAGGUUGUGAAAAAUUGAAUUUCCAUAAUUUACACAAACUUUGCAAUAUGUCAAUAAAUUAUUUUUAUGCUAUUUUAAAAAAUAUAAAAAAUAACCCUCACUACGAUAUUUUAAAUUUGCUAAAUGAAGAAAGAGAAAAAUCUAUUUUUCAUUAUAAAUUUCAAUUUUUUAAAGAAGAGUUAAAAAAUAAAGUUAUCAAUUUACCUCAAAUUAAAGAAUCUAUAAAUUUGUUACUAAAAGAUAUCAAUGAUGUAAACUCAUUUAAGAAAUAUAUAAAAGAGGAACUCUUUAGAGAUUCAGAUAAUUUUUUAACCAAUUCUAUUAAGAAAAAAGUGGAAGAUUAUUUAAUUGAAUAUAUAAAAGAAAAUAACGAAUUGUUAAAUGCUUAUUAUUUACCUAAUUAA